AUGGAGGUUGACAGCCAGAUGAAGCCGCAGGAGACGAGCAGGGACGAGGGAGUGACAGUGGUGCCGGCAGGACCAAGUAUCAAGACGUCAAAUCUAGGACCAGGGACGAAGCCGACGACAGCAGCCAAGGACGAACCGAGGCCGAGAAGGAAGCAACGAUCGGAGGCGGUGCUGAUUAACCCAGGUGAGUCCCGGUCUUCUGGUGAAGUUCUGAGGGAUUUGCGCUCGGGACUUCAUCCGGAGGAAUUGGGUUUAGGGGUUAAGGCCGUGAGGACUGCCAGAAAAGGUGGUCUUCUUAUCGAGUUCGAGGGAUCUGAUAAAGAUCGCUUGGCACUCCGUAAUAAGAUCACUGAGGUAGCCGGAGGAGACGUGGAGGUGUGCCAUCUUGCCCCUAUCGCUACGUUAGUAAUAGACAGGAUGGACUCUACUACGACGGUCGAAGAGGUUAAGGCAGCCCUGGCGGAAGCUAUCGGUGAGACUGCGGAUGGACUCAACGCGUCCGUCACGAAACCCAAUAAAUGGGGAUCCAUCCGCGCUUUCAUCGACGCUGGACUUGGGGUUGCUGCGGCCUUGGAGACUUUGGGAAAGGUCAAGGUCGGCUGGCUAGUUCGCCAAAUUUGCUGUUGGGAGCGAUUCGAUCGGUGCUACCGUCAUUGA